CCACAGUGAGUGAUACAGCAAGAGAGAGAGCGAGAGAGAGAAAGAGAGAGAGAGAGCAAAAGGGAGGGGAGUUUAAACUAAGUGCUAUGUUUUGGGACAGGCUGAUCUGCUAGCGAGCAGUGUGAGGAUCGGAGUGUAUUGUGUGAGCCAGUGUGCGGGGGACAGAUAAGGAAACCAGCCAGCUCGACCCACCGUCUGCCUGACUGUCUGAUUCCAUGUGCUGACUCUUGGGAGAUUUAAAAAAAAACUGCAUACUGACUCCUUAGACGUGUGCGGAGAUUCUGGGCACAAACUCCACCACUAUAGCUACAACCAGCCGAGGUGCAUCUACAGACAGGAGAGAGAGAGAGAGAGAGAGAGACAGACAAAUAAGAGGACUGAAAAAUCACAACUCCAAAAUCAGAAAAUCAGAGAAAGGAUUUUUUUAUCCCCCCUUUUUUCAAUUGAUUUCAUUUUUUUCUUUCUUUCUCUUUUGUGUUCCCGGGACUGACUCCCAGCCAUUGACAAAAAAAAAGGGGGAGCGAGCAAAGAACUGAAGACAAUCUGAAAACAAAAGGACUGAACGAAUCAAAAACACUGAAUCUGAACAUGUUCGAAAUAAGCCGAACACUCAACGCCGCUUUGUUGAGCAAUGAGGGGUCGACAGAGACACAGUGGCGUCAGGCAGAGCUCCCACAGCUCCAGGGCUGGGCAGAGAAGGGAUUGCUGACACAGCCAAAGAUGAUCAUCAGUAACAUGGAGGCUCCGGUGACAAAUGGCCCCAGUGGAGGCGGCACCACAGCCAACGGACCGACCACCAACAGCCGCGGCUGCCCCUCGCCCAUGCAGACUGGCCCCACAAACGACGACAGCAAGACUAACCUCAUUGUCAACUACCUGCCCCAAAACAUGACCCAGGAGGAGUUCCGCAGCCUGUUCGGUAGCAUUGGGGAGAUCGAGUCCUGCAAGCUGGUUCGUGACAAAAUCACAGGACAGAGUCUGGGUUAUGGUUUUGUCAACUACAUCGAUCCAAAGGACGCCGAGAAAGCCAUCAAUACGUUAAAUGGACUCAGACUUCAGACCAAAACGAUCAAGGUGUCAUAUGCACGACCUAGCUCAGCCUCCAUCCGUGAUGCCAACCUGUAUGUGAGUGGCCUGCCGAAGACUAUGACCCAGAAGGAGCUGGAGCAGCUCUUCUCCCAGUACGGACGCAUCAUCACCUCCCGCAUCCUCGUCGACCAGGUCACAGGCCCCGCAGGCGGCUCCCGGGGUGUGGGCUUCAUCCGCUUUGAUAAGAGGAUAGAGGCUGAGGAGGCCAUCAAGGGCCUGAAUGGACAGAAGCCAUCGGGUGCUGCAGAGCCCAUCACAGUCAAGUUCGCCAACAACCCCAGCCAGAAGACCAGCCAAGCCCUUCUGUCACAACUCUACCAGUCCCCCAAUCGCCGAUACCCAGGGCCCCUCCACCACCAGGCUCAACGGUUCAGGCUGGACAAUUUGCUUAAUAUGGCCUAUGGCGUAAAGAGGUUUUCUCCCAUCACCAUUGACAGCAUGACCAGCCUGGUCGGCAUGAACAUCCCUGGGCACACGGGCACCGGUUGGUGCAUCUUCGUGUACAACCUGUCCCCAGAUUCUGAUGAGAGUGUGCUCUGGCAGCUGUUCGGGCCGUUCGGCGCUGUCAAUAACGUCAAGGUGAUCCGCGACUUCAACACCAACAAGUGCAAAGGCUUCGGCUUCGUCACCAUGACGAAUUACGACGAGGCGGCCAUGGCCAUCGCCAGUCUCAACGGCUACAGGUUGGGUGACCGUGUCCUGCAAGUCUCCUUCAAGACUAACAAGACACACAAAUCCUGAACUUUGACACGUAGAAGCAGUUGCCCCGCAACUUUGUCUGCUCCAAAAUUGCUCGCAACCUCACCCCUCACCUCCACCUGUCCCUUAGCCCCUUCAGUCACUACCACUACCACCGUACUACAGCCAUCCAACACAGCAAACUCAAACUCCAACUGGAACACAAAGCAACCAACAAACCAUCAAACAAAUUGAACUAGAAAUGGCUUAUAUUAUAACUUUGGACCUAUAAGCCAAUGUUGCCUAAGUAUUACAAAAAUGAAAUUAUGAAAAUGUUCAUACGUUUUUGGAAGCUCCUGUGAUAAUGCUGGCUUCUCUUUGUUGUAUAUUCUUUCUGUUUGUUGUGGUUGUUGAAAUGAUUUUCUCUUCUGUGUAAACGGUAGCAAAUCCCUGUAUCCCCUUAUUUCAGAGAAGAGAAUGUCCUUUUUAGAUUGAAGCCUUUUCUCUGUCUUGAUUCAGGAUUUGUUUUUCUUUUGUAAAUCCGGAUCCACUGUCGUUAGUAUUAUAUACCUUCCUGUCAUUGAAAGGGAAGGGGCUCUUUUUUAAUUGGUGAACCAUUCAUUAAUUUUUAGUGUGUAUUACAAACUUCCCCUAAUCGAUUAAGGAUGGGAUGUCACAGUCCCAGUAUCUCUUAUUUAGAAAGAAAAAAAAAAAAACAAUUUCUAACAUUGUUUUUGUUUUGUAUAUCGCAAACAAAACAUGUCUUUCCUCACAGGGGUUCAGGGAGAUGGGGCGAGGGAGGGGAUGGGUUAGCUUUCCUGAUGACACGUUCAGUAAUUUAAGAAAAAAAAAAAUGACAUUGUUGCCAAAGAGAAGAUCUCUUUGCUUGGAAAAAAAAAUGCGUUUAGAAAAAAGAUAAAAAUAAAGAUAAAGAUCUAUUUUUAUAAAUGAUAAGUAAAAUAAUAAUUAUUGAAGAAUUUUUACAAGAAUCUGGAUUUGAAAAAAGAGAAAAAUAUUUUGACUGGCUAACUAGGGAGGGCCGGGGCGGGAGGGAGGGGGCACCACCUUGUCUUGUCGUUCUGCUGUGGUACUUUAUAGGAUCAAAGGUCGUUUGUUUUUGGGGAAUUAAAGUUGGCUGUGAUUUUGUAGAUGGAAGGUUUUGUGAAAAGGGAUGCAGCUGAGGCAGGUGAUUUUGGUAAUUUUUCACAUAUGUACUAGUGCGUAAUUAUUCAACAGCGAUACCCAAAAGGGAAGGGAACGGGGUCUUUCCAAGGCCUAACCAUCCUUACAGUCCAGAGCCCAAAGCAAGAAGACCCUUUGUCCACUUGUUUUCCUGUUUCCUGUUUUCCUUUUCGUCAUCAGUCAAUAUGGGAUAUCAGUAAAUAGAUAUAUACACAUCUAUCCAUUUAGAAAACAUACUAUACAUUCUCUAUAUCAUUUUAUUCGCUCUGCGUUGGUGAACUUAACAUUUGAAAAGAACUUCCUUUUAGCGAUCAACAGUAGGUGCUAUACUACAUUAUUCACAUAUCUUAAAUAUCCAAGUUUGUUGUUCUAUGUGUUGUUUAAAGAAAAAAAUACUUUGAUGUUGGCAUUGAAUUGAGCUGCUGUUCUUUGUUUAAUAUUUGUUUAUUGUUGGCCCGCAAAAAGCUGGUGAGACGAUGUCUGAAUAACCAGAUAAAUGACUUUGGGCCGUGUAAGAAUCACUGAACAAAUUUUUUUCUUUUUGUUUUAGUUUGGCUUGCUGACUUUUAGGUUAUUUGCUGAGCGUGAAACGUUUGUCAAACUUAAUGAUGAUUAGCUAGUUCUGUUAGUCUAGAUAUUUGUUUCCUUAAAGAGGAUCUAUGACAACUGUGUCUUUAUUUGCUGUGUACAAAUAGAUGAUAUAUAAAUAUAUAUAUAGUCUACAUUUGUUUUACAAUAUCUACUGUACUAUCUGAGUUGUCACUGUUAUUUUGUUUGAGCUUGUCUUUUUCAUAUGACAACUUAUGAAGUGGUGGUUCAGUUACUUAGAAAAACUUGUGAGGAAACUGUUCAAUUGUUGUCAUGUUGCUUGUGGAGAAAAAAAAAAGAUUUGGAUUAACUUUCAGUUAACUACCGAGGCAAAAGAAACCGAACAAAAGCGUAGAAUAUAACGAUUACUUUAACAGUUAUUUUACCUUUUUUAAAAAACUAUUUAUUUUUCUAUUUAUUUGUAUUUAUAUAUUUAUUUAUUCUUAUUAUUAUUAUGGAUUAUUUAUCUGUGUAUUUAUGUAUUUAUUUGUUUCAUUGUCCGUGUAUUUGCGUGAUUCUGGUACAGGGAGGGGGCGUUUCUGAGCAAAAGGGAACAAAGCGACUAGUGGAGAGACUCUUCCAGUAGUCCACUGCACUGAAAGAACUUUUAGUACGUUUGUGCUUUGUACCAAUAUAUCAAAAUUACAAUAUAAAAAAAUCUAAAAGUCAAGAAAACUGAAAAAAAUGUCUGGAGGGUUGGGGGACGCUCUUCCCUUAUUACUAGAAACAGUUACUCGCUAUGCAUAACCUAGUUAAUAGUUCAAUUUGCUAUUGCUUUUUUCUUGUCUUGUUAAAAUGGAAUCUUUAGAUCUUUUUCAAUAAAGUUUAGUCUUAAUAGAAUGUUAUAAACAGUCGUUCUGGUUCAAUAUAACCUGUGAUAAGUUUGUGUAGUUCUAAAAAGCCACUCCGUCCACACCCUCCCUCCACUUACUACCGCUUUGUGAUGAAACCUUAUGCAAAAAUGUGGGUCUGAAAGCAUAGUUUUCAGUUUUCAGUCAGCAUUUUAUAUAACAUUCAACUCUCGAAGGAUUGGGCAAAGACAUUUUAAAAGGAGCAAAUGCCCGUUGUUGUUUGAGGGUCAUUCAUUGCACUGGACUAAGUUGGUCAAAACAAGAGUCAAAACUUAUUUUUAAAAAUAUUCAUCAUGUUUUCAAAUGACAUACCAACAAAUCUUUAAAAAAAAAAAAAUAGAGAGAGAAAUUGUUACCAAUGCACACCAACUGUUAUUUACAGCAGUUGUUGUUCUUAUGAAGAACUCUGGAGGUAUGAAAAAGGAUUGCACCAAUUCUAUAUUUUAUAUACUCUAAAAUGAUAUAUAUUAUAUAUUUUGAAAGGUGAAAGGUAAGGGAAUGGUUCCAGAAGCAUAAAUAUAAGGAAUUGGAAUUUCUUUUGUCUGUUGUUAAGACUUGAAAACAUGAAGGAGGUGUGUGGAGAGCAUUUUAAACACUCAGACGCAUGCUCACAUAGUACACCCUUCUCUCUCACACCUCAGUCAUCUAACUGGCCGGGUCAUCUGAUAUCAUCGCCAUUAUCCACUCAUCAUCUCUGCCGUCCAAUAACAUAGUGUUCUUAUGUCAUAACGGCAACAAACCAACCCACCAGACCCUUUCAUGCUCCCCGCCUCCGCCGGGAGCUUGAAUUAUGCAACGACCCCAGUAGAAUGUUGUUCUGAUGUGUGAACUAAUUUCCUACACUGUAUGAAUUUUGAACUCUUACGAUGCGUGCCUGUGUUCCACCUAGACCCUGUGUGCUCAUUUGUUUCUUUGUGCGUGUGUGUGAGCGUGCAUGUCUGUGUGCAUGUUCUUUUAUGUAAUUGUACACUUGUUGUGCAUUUUAUUUCCAUUUGUUUGUUAAUUUGAGGUGUGUGUGUAUGUGCAGUGUAUACAUAUGUUAAGUGUUUGUUAUUGUGUGUCUGCGUGCGUAUGUGUGUGUGCAUUUGGGUCUAUUUAGUGCACAUAUAUAUAUAAAAGUAUGUGUGUCCCCCCUGAGUGCAUGUGUGCGUGUGUACAACUUUAAAACGUGUGUCCAGGUGUGUGUGUGCGUGUGUGUGUGUGUGCGUGUGUACGCAUGUCAGGGUGUUUGAAACAUGGGGCUGUGUCACCUCGCUCUAUGCCCAACCUCUAUGGCUCCCACCAUCCCCUGUAGCGCCUUAUAGUGGCAGCCUGCCAGUAGGAACAAUGCAGCCAGUAGUGGAGGAGGGAAGGUGAACAGAGGAACUAGGCUCUUGUCAGUUUUCAUUUUCCUCCUGAGACGUGUUUGUUUACUAUCUGAAAAAUCUAUAAACAAAAUCUUUAAAGACAAAAAAGAUGAAAAAAUGUUCACGGGGCCCCAUGACCGCGGCUCUCUCUACUCUCUCCUGCUUACGUUAUUACUUAUCAAUUAUAAAUUAUUAUUAUUAUUAUUAUUAUUAUUAUUAUUGUUACGAUUAUUAUUAUGAUUCGUAUUCUUAUUCUUAUUAUUAAUCAAAUUACUGCGAUGAAUGACUUCAUGUUAUCCUUGCUAGUUUAGGUCAUUUCUGAAACUGGAAACAAAAUAAAAAUCUUGCUGUAAAUGUUUGUUUUUUCUUUUUCAUAAAACUGUUGUGUUUGAAUUAUUUGUACUUUUGAAUGUUGGGACAAUAAAAUGAGGUGUUAAGAGCU